GCGCUUGGAACAUGAGCAUUGCAAUGGUUCAUAGGGAUAUAGAGAGGGAAUGGGAGAUCCAUGUGGACUUGUUUCAUUUUCUUUUUUUUUUCAUCUUUGGAGAUUCUUACUCACUUUGGGAAGAUCUGGAGAGAAAAAAAAAAUAGAUUUCAAUAUUUAAAAAUAGCUUUUGGAGCACAUUGGAGCAAAUAAGCAUUUUGGAGCUUGUGGAGCACUACUCUUACUGAGGAUUGCUUUCACUUGUAACCUAUUUGCUUCGUUUCAACAACCUUUGGGAACAAUGAGUGAUCGAUCUUCUCGGUCAAUCUAUGUUGGUAACUUGCCCGGCGACAUUAGGGAGUCUGAGAUUGAAGAUCUCUUUUACAAGUAUGGCCGCAUUGUUGACAUUGAAUUGAAAGUUCCACCUCGUCCUCCAUGUUAUUGCUUUAUUGAGUUUGAGCACCCUCGGGACGCCAAAGACGCCGUUGAUGGCCGUGAUGGCUAUAACUUUGACGGCUGCCGCUUGAGGGUUGAGCUUUCUCAUGGUGGGCGAGGACAGUCUUCAGGUGACCGUCGUGGUGGAUAUGGUGGUGGGGGUGGCUAUCGUGGAGGUGGUGGUGGUGGUGGUGGCGGCGGUGGUGGAUCUGCUCGGUUUGGCGUCUCACGACACUCUGAAUUCCGAGUUAUCGUACGUGGCCUUCCAUCAUCUGCUUCAUGGCAAGAUUUGAAGGAUCAUAUGCGGAAGGCUGGUGAUGUGUGCUUCGCUGAGGUCACUCGAGACCGUGAUGGAGCUUAUGGUGUUGUUGACUACACCAACUACGAUGACAUGAAGUAUGCUAUAAGGAAGCUUGAUGAUACAGAGUUCAAAAACCCAUGGGCUAGAGGCUAUAUAAGGGUUAAGAAAUAUGAAAGCUCCCAGUCAAGAAGCCCAAGCAGAAGCAGAAGCCGUAGCCGUAGUCGAGGCCGUGAUCGCAGCCGUAGCCGCAGCAUCAGCAGAAGCAAGAGCCCAAGGAAGGAUAUGAGUAAAUCACCAAGACGAUCCCCUGCCAGAUCAAUAUCAAAAUCUAGAUCGCCAUCUCCUGACAGGAAGAAGAGCCCCCUUAGGUCCAGGUCCAGGUCCAGGUCCAGGUCUCUCUCAAAAUCUCCAGCAAAGGUUCAACAAGGCAGUGAGUGAUUGCGAAAGUUGUCAAGCAGAAAAAGAUCGAAUGAGAUGAACUGGAAGUUUUAUUAUAAGCACAAAACUGUAUUUGUUCUGAAUCCUUGUUUUUAAUACUUUUUGUUUUUAUUUGCUACUCUGAAUUUUUAAAACCGGUUCUUUGAAAUAUUUCUUUUCGGUUCGUACUUAAUAGUUCUUCAAUAACUCAAGUUAAUGGUAAUUAAAAUGGUUUUCAACA